AUGCAUCCCAGCCCUCUUUGCUCCAGUUGCCUCUUGGCAGGUCUUGUACCCUUCGCCCCAACCGCCUCGUUCCACUGCCAUGGCAACCAAGGCUUGGCUCCAGCUCAUGGUUGUCCUGGCUGCUGCUGCCAGACUCCACCCGACUUCCAGCUCGACUCCGGCGUCAAGAGCAGGCCCCAACUUUCUUCACGUGUCGUCGACGCUCUGCUCGCCUCGGGCAUCUCGCACUACUCGUCCGAGUCCGGGGCUGCGGAGUACAACGCUCUGCCCAUCGGCCUGCGGCCCGGACUCGAGGCCGGCCAGGCAGAAGCGACCGGUUGGUUGGAGUUGGAGCGCACGAAACCGGCCCGAAAGGCUCACUUCUCUCCUGCGCCGCCACCACCACCGCCAGCGCAGCAGGCGGCAAACACGGCGGCCGAGGGGACUCGAAGCCGCGGCCAGGCCGGACUGGUGUCGCUGCAUCCCAACUCCGUCCAUCAGGCGGUGAUGCUGGCUCUUAUCGCGUUGCUCGAUCGCGCCGUCUUGCCCCUUGACGACGGCCGACAGCUCCUCACCUCCGCCGCCUCGGGAUCCGUUCAUCUCAUCGGUCUGCCUCAGAUCACCGUAAGUGACAAGUGGACACACGCCGAGACACGGAAACUGGGCCAUCUUUUGACGGUAUUCCCUCAAUUUCACUGCCAGUUCAUCACGUCAAAUUGUCUGUACAUUCUCGGACAAGCAUGUUGA